CGGGGGUCGACCCCGAAGAGGUCCCGACGCCUUCGUUCGGGGUGGACCCAGCAGGUUUUCUAUCAGAUGUUCCACUGUAAUAAUGCUGGAGUUAAGCGGUUUCCAUUUCUGUGCUCCAAAUCAGAAGACUUUUUUCCCUGCAUACAGUAUAGGAGAAAUAUUUAAAAACAAUUGGCAACUGACUGGUGUUUAAAACUGAAGAUUGUCAUGACUGUUUAACCUAAACUCUAUGCUGAAGUAAGAUUAAUUGUAUUGGAAAUACUAAUUUGGGGUAACCCAAAUCUAUUUCUGGAACCAUGAAAAUUUUGUUGGUGUUUGACUUUGACAAUACAAUCAUAGAUGACAAUAGUGACACCUGGAUUGUGCAAUGUGCUCCAGACAAAAAACUUCCUAUUGAACUACAAGAUUCUUAUCAAAAAGGAUUUUGGACAGAAUUUAUGGGCAGAGUCUUUAAGUAUUUGGGAGAUGAAGGUGUAAGAGAAAAUGAAAUGAAAACAACAAUGACAUCAAUACCUUUCACUCCAGGGAUGGUGGAACUUUUCAACUUUAUAAGAAAGAAUAAGGAUAAAUUUGACUGCAUCAUUAUUUCAGAUUCAAAUUCAGUCUUCAUAGACUGGGUUUUAGAAGCUGCCAAUUUUCAUGAUAUAUUUGCUAAAGUGUUUACAAAUCCAGCAGCUUUUGAUAGCAAUGGUCAUCUCACUGUGGAAAAUUAUCAUGCUCAUUCUUGUAAUAGGUGCCCAAAGAAUCUUUGCAAAAAUGUAGUUUUGGUAGAAUUUGUAGAAAAACAGUUACAACAGGGAGUGAAUUAUACACAAAUUGUGUAUAUAGGUGAUGGUGGGAAUGAUGUCUGUCCAGUAACCUUUUUAAAGAAGAAUGAUGUUGCCAUGCCACGGAAAGGAUAUACUUUACAGAAAACUCUUUCCAGAAUGUCUCAAAAUCUUGAACCUAUGGAAUCUUCUAUUGUAGUUUGGUCUUCAGGUGUUGAAAUAAUUUCUCAUUUACAAUUUCUAAUAAAGGAGUAAUAU